AUGGAUACCAAGGCUGUGAUAAGACUCGUGGACGAGUUGCAGGAGAACCUGGAGGAUCUCGAAGACAAUCUUGAACCAAUCCUUAGCGGCGCGCUCUCUGCCACCACCAAAAAGCUGCCCUUGCUCGAUCGCGCGAAACUUCAUGUCCUUCUCGUCUACUCGAUCGAGUCCUUGAUUUUCUCCUAUCUCAGACUCCACGGUGUCCAGGCAAAGGAACAUGCUGUCUUCAAGGAGUUGACAAGAGUCAAACAAUAUUUUGAAAAGAUCAAGCAGAGUGAGGCUACACCACAGAAUUCUCGGCCAACGAUCUCCCUUGACAGAGAUGCCGCUGGAAGGUUCAUUAAGCAUGCUCUGGCCGGAAAUGAGAAAUUCGAUCUACAACGCGCCGAGCGUGAGGCCCGCGAGAGAGUCCUUGCGAAUAAGAAGCUGAAAGAACUCGAGUCUGCUAUGAAGGCAAAGGCGGAAACAAAGGAUGAUGAGGACCGUACGGCACAAGCUGACCAAUUCAUCGCAGCCACGUUGAAUGACGCCCCUUCUACGGAUGAUCUCGCAGACGGUGACUCUGAUAGUGACGGUGACACUGACGGCGACGACGGCAAUCCACCCCUAGAGCAACAGCCAGAGGUGCAGGCGAAGAAGGGGAAAAAGCGGAAAACUAGAUCUAAGAGCAAAUCGCAGAGAGCAAAAAGAAAGAGAGAAACAGAUGUUGAGGGUCUCGAGCAACAGGAUCAAGCGCAACCGGCAGCGGGAACCAAGGCGUCUAAGAAGACAGGGAAGAAAUCAAAGCGAGCCAAGGAUGCUGCUUUAGCAGCUGGCUGA